AUGCGGAGCCGGGGCUGUGCUGCGCUCUGGGUGCUGCUGCUGGCGCAGGUGGGUGUGCAGGCACCUGCGUGCGCCCUGGGACCCGCAGCAGCAGCGCCUGGGAACCCGAGCGUCCCGCACCCUGCUCCUCCCUCGGAGCCCCGGGGCUGGGCGGAAGAGGGCGAGUAUGACCUGGUGUCUGCCUAUGAGGUGGACCACACGGGAGACUACGUGUCUCAUGAGGUCACGCACGGCCAGCGGCGGCGGAGGGCGGUGCCUCCGGGAGGUGGCGACUCUCUGCACCUUCGGCUGAAAGGCUUUGGGCACGAUUUCCACUUGGACUUGAGGGCGUCCAGCAAUCUGGUGGCUCCUGGAUUUAUCGUGCAGACGUUCGGGAAGGGAGGCACCAAGUCAGUGCAGAGCUUCUCACCUGAAGACUUCUGCUUCUAUCAAGGCUCCUUACGCUCCCACAGGAAUUCCUCCGUGGCCCUGUCCACCUGCCAUGGUUUGGUGUCGGCUUUAUUCAAGGAUGGUACAAUAGGAGGAAACAUCAACAUUGCAAUUGUAGGUCUGAUUCUCCUAGAGGAUGAACAGCCAGGACUGGUGAUAAGUCAUCAUGCCGACCACACCUUAAGCAGCUUCUGCCAGUGGCAGUCUGGAUUGAUGGGGAAAGACGGGACUCGCCAUGACCAUGCCAUCCUGCUGACUGGCUUGGACAUAUGUUCCUGGAAGAACGAGCCCUGCGACACUUUGGGAUUCGCACCCAUAAGUGGAAUGUGUAGUAAAUAUCGCAGCUGUACCAUCAAUGAAGAUACAGGUCUUGGACUGGCUUUCACCAUCGCCCACGAGUCUGGACACAACUUUGGCAUGGUCCAUGAUGGAGAAGGGAACGUGUGCAAAAAGUCUGAGGGCAACAUCAUGUCCCCUACAUUGGCAGGACGCAACGGGGUCUUCUCCUGGUCACCCUGCAGCCGCCAGUACCUGCACAAAUUUUUAAGCACGGCUCAAGCUGUGUGUCUUGCUGACCAGCCAAAGCCCGUGAAGGAGUACAAGUACCCUGAGAAGCUGCCGGGGGAGUUAUACGAUGCAAACACACAGUGCAAGUGGCAGUUCGGAGAGAAAGCCAAGCUCUGCAUGCUGGAUUUUAAAAAGCAUCCUAAUCAGGACAUGGCUCCUUCCAUAAAGCCAGGAAGCACCCACUUCCAUGCCAGCGCUUGCCCACCACAGACAGAAGCCACCAUUUCAGCAUUCCUGUCAUCCUAGGGCCACUUUGCCUCGUCUUGAACUCCAUGAUUACCUGGUUUCGUGUAUUAGAGGUGAAGUGUAUAGUAUUUCACGAUUAAGUUUGAUAGUAGCUCUUGGUUUACACAGAUACCCUUUGCCAAACUUAGGAAGUUCCUUUCUAAUACUAGUUUUCUGAAGUAUUUUGUGGCAAAACACUGUUGACUUUUGUCAAUUUUUUGGAUAUAGUUUUAUUGUUUUCUCCUUUAUUAUGUCAGUGUGAUGAACCAUGUUGAUUGACUUUUAUCUUGUUUUUCAUUGGUUUUUGAAUGUUAAGCCUGUAUCUCUGGGAUAACUCCACUGGGCCAUGAACUCUUUCUUAUUGUCGUAUUUUGCUCAUUUGAUGUAUAAAUAUUUGUUCUGGAUGUGAGCAUCUGUGUUCUUGAGUCAUAAUCAUUUAGAAAUCUUGUUCUCUUGUAAUUUCUUUUCAAGACUUGCUAUCAGCAUUCUGUUGACCUCAUGAAUGUUCUCUGCUGUUUUGCCUUUUUGUUUUUUUUUUUUAAAGAUUUAUUUAUUUGUUUGAAAGUCAGAGUUACACAGAGAGAGGAGAGGCAAAGAGAGAGGGAGAGAGGGAAAAAGGUCUUCCAUCUGCUGGUUCACUCCCCAGUUGACUACAACAGCCAGAGCUGCACCCAUCCAAAGCCAGGAACCAAGGAGCUUCUAACAGGUCUCCCACAUGAGUGCAGGGGCCCAAGGACUUGGGCCAUCUUCUACUGAUCUCCCAGGCCACAGCAGAGAGCGGUUCAAAUGUGGAGCAGCCAGGACUCAAACCAGUGCCCAUAUGGGAUGCUGGCACUGCAGGCAGUGGCUUUAAUGCUACGCCACAGCACUGGCCCCUGUGCCUUUUUGAAGAGGUGACAGACAAUUGGGGUUGUAUCUGCAUGAAAUGUUUGUUAGCAUUCACAAAUGGCUGCUGUCUGCAGGAAGUUUGUUGUUUUUUCAAAGAAAUGUAUAUCCUAGAUUUAUUCUUCCCCAAAGAAACCAUUGAUUUAAUGAGUACAAAUUUCAUAAGUACAACUUUAGAAAUAUAGUGAUUCAUAGCUGCCCUCCUGCUCUCACUCCCACCCCACCACCUCCUCCCUCUCCCAUUCCCACUCCCAUUCUCCAUUAAUAAAAAAAAAAAAAACUGUUCCUCAACAGUCAAGAGUUGUUCAAGUCAUUGCUUCUAAAAGUGUCAAUUUCACUUCUACAGAUUUCCUUUUAGGUGCUCUAUUAUCUCAGAUCAAGGAGAACAUAUAGUAUUCAUCCCUUUGGGACUGGCUUAUUUCAAUAAGUAUGACGUUUUCUGGAUGCAUCCAUUUUGUAGCAAAUGACUGGAUUUCUUUUUUUUGUUUGUUUGUUUUUGUUUUUACUGUUGUGUAGUAUUCCAUAGAGUACAUAUCCCAUAAUUUCUAUAUCCAGUCUUCAGUUGAUGGGCAUUUAGGUUGAUUCCAUCUCUUAGCUAUUGUAAAUUGAGCUGCAAUAAACAUGGAGGUGCAGAUAACUCUUUUACUUGCUGAUUUCAUUUCCCUUGGGUAAAUUCCCAUGAGUGGGAUGGCUGGGUCAAAUGGUUGGUCUAUAUUCAGAUAUCUGAUAUAUCUCUAAACUGAUUUCCAUAGUCAUUUACCAGUUUACCUUCCAACCAACAGUGGAUUAGGGUACCUUUUUCCCCACAUCCUCGCCAGCAUUUGUUGUUUAUUGGUUUCUGUAUGAAAGCCAUUCUAACUGGGGUGAGGUGAAACCUCAUUUUGGUUUGAUUUGCAUUUCCCAGAUGGCUAGUGAUUUUGAGCAUUUUUUCAUGUGUCUGUUGGCCAUUUGGAUUUCCUCUUUUGAAAAAUGUCUGUUUAAGUCCUUGGCCCAUUUCUUAACUGGGUUGUUUGCUUUGUU